AAUGCUUGUACCUUCUAGAUAUUGGUUGUAGUAGUUCUCCAAGUUUCAGCUCCGUACAGUCGAACUGCCUUGACAUUCGUAUUGAAGAUUGUGACUUUGAUAUUGGUUGAAAGUUGUUUUGAGUUCCAUAUGUUCUUCAAUUGUAGGAAUGUGACCCUUGCUUUGCCAAUCCUGGCCUUUACGUCUGCAUCUGAGCCUCCUUGUUCAUCGAUAAUGCUUCCUAGGUAUGUGAAGGACUCUACAUCUUCCAGAGUUUCGCUAUCAAUAGUGAUUGGAUUUCUGUUCUCCGCUUUGAAUUUGAGGACCUUGGUUUUCCUUUUGUGUAUACUGAGGCCUACUGAUGCAGAGACUGCUGCUACACUGGCUGUCUUUGUCUGCAUCUGUUCGUGUGUAUGCAAUAGGAGGGCUAGGUCAUCUGCGAAGUCCAAAUCGUCUAAUUGAUUUUGAGCUGUCCAUUGUAUUCCGUGUUUUCCUUCAGAUGUCGAGGUCCUCAUAAUCCAGUCGACCACCAGAAGGAAAAGGGAGGGAGUAGACAGCCUUGGCUGACUUCGGUCUUUACUUGGAAUGCAUCUGCCAGCUGUCCUCCAUGCACGACUUUGCAUUGUAGUCCACUGUAUCAGUUCCGGA